ACCUCCUCCAUACAUUCUCACGUCUUGACCUCCCACAGACACUCAUACUGAGCCGGGCGUUUGGAUGAGAAACAGUGGGCAUGGAUCUGUCCUGAGAGGAGCUUUUCUUGCUUUUCCUCCAUAUGAGCUGCUGCUGCUGCUGCUGGAUGAUAUUAGCCCUCCCCCUCUGCACUUGUUGCGCAGACACUGGAUGCGUUGAGUCUUCGGAGAGGAGAGGAGAGGAAGCACUGCAACAGGUGCACAAGAGAGUCUCCUCCUGAAAGGCUGCAUGACAGGAGAGAACUUUAAAUGCCAAUUUGAAGAUCUUCUGGUCACCGUGCGUAAAACAGACAGGAUGCCGGUUCUGACAAGCCCCGAUAUCAACAAGUUCCAGGAGAAAUGGCUGGCGUUGUUCCCGGAAGACCAGGCCACCGGGUCGGACUCAGUCCCCAUGGAUGACAGCCUCACCAGCCUCCACUGGCUGCAGAAUUUCUCCAUCAUCAACGCGGACCCGGAGCGACCCAACGGAUCCGGAACGGGCUGCCCGUCCUCGGACCUUUUCCUCAAGCGGCUCCCCAGAGGAGGCACCGACUCUCCGUCCAGCCCCCCCGCCGGGGACACUGCCUCCACCGGGAUGCCUCUGUACCUCGGUAGCCCCGUGACCUCCGGCAGCGACUCGGGACCGCGCUUCAUAGACUGCGUACAUCCAGGACACGGUUACGCGCAGAUCCCCAUCCAGGCCAGCCCGCCUGCAGAGGUCGACUACAAAACCAACCCUAAAGUAAAACCUCCUUACUCCUACGCGUCCCUCAUCUGCAUGGCGAUGCAGGCCAGCAAACAGCCCAAAGUGACUCUGUCCACCAUCUACAACUGGAUCACGGAGAAUUUCUGCUACUACAGACACGCAGAGCCCAGCUGGCAGAACUCCAUCCGGCACAACCUGUCCCUCAACAAGUGUUUCAAGAAGGUCCCGAGGCAGAAAGACGAGCCGGGGAAAGGGGGCUUCUGGCAGAUCGACCCGCAGUACGAAGACAUGUUCGUCAACGGCAUCUUCAAACGCAGGAGGAUGUCUGCUAACAGCUACAACAAUAAUAGUGGCUCCCACAGACAGAGCAAACUGAGUUAUCACAGCGUCCAAAACGUCUGCCCUUACCAAGGCGGGAAACGGAAGAACUUACCGGCGAAGAGCGACAAGCUGAUCAGGGCAACGGAGUCUCCUCUUUUGGCGACGGACGCUCACAAAGCGGACAUCCUGAGGGGCGACUUCGACCUGGCGUCCGUGUUCGACGACGUCCUCGGCGGGAACUGUAGCACCUUCGAGGAUUUGGACAUCAACACGGCACUGAGCGCCUUGGGUUGUGAGAUAGAGGUUUCCCUGCAGGGGAGGCAGCAUCCGGGGAGGUGGUGCAACGGAGGGGACAUCUUAGGGAACCAGUACCUGAACCACCACCAACCCUACGGGUACUUGGAUGUGAGCGGGGCGUCCCUGGACUGCAGUAUCGGGGAGAUCCACGUGCCGCAGCAGCUUCAUCCAGACCAGGAUCAGCUGAUGCAUCAUCAUCAACACCUGCAGCAGUUCGAUGAGACGUCGACGCUGUUCCCAGAGGAGGUGGUGCCCUGGGAGAACAUUAAGGAAGAGGAGCAGGCGAUUCCUCUGACUCUGGAUCAGGGCUUCGGGCUGUGCGAGGGUUUUUUCUCAGAGAUGCAGCCAUGGGAGCGAGUGGAGGCCUAUCUGUGACCUUUGACCCCUAAAACCUCAUUAACUCCUAAUGAUCUACAUCCAAUGACCUGAACAUGUCUGACUACUGGUCGAACGGUGAAGAGGAUAAGAACUACGGCUCAAUCAUUCUGCAAUACAUCUGUCAUUUUGUUUUCUAAUAAUGACCUACAAGCCUGAUAUUGUCAAACCUAUCUUUAACAUGAAACUAGUUAACCAGUUAAUCUAGUUGAGAUUCCCUUGACACAAGAUCAGACUCGAGCUGCAGUGAUUAGACAAUGCAUAGAAAGAUAUUUCCGAACUUCUUUUGACAAUUGAUUCAUUGUUAAAGUCAUUUUUAAUGCAAAAAUUGCAUAAAAUGCUGUUUCCGUCUCUCAAAUAUGGAGAUGUUUUGCUUUGUUUUAUAAUACCUUCAAGUCAAUCUCUUUUAACAUUAACUUUUAACAUUAACAUUUAAUCAGCAGAUAUUAAUAAUGAAAAGGAUCUGUAGUUGCCGCCCUAGAUCUGAUUAAGGAUUAUUUCCCAGCACAGACUCUCAUCUCUCCCUAAGGGUGUCGGGUGAUUGACAGCCGUGCGUAACAUGACACCACACUGAUAUAUCAGGCACAAUGAACAGAGAAACUUUUAUAAACCAAAUGAAAGUUUCAUGUGGACUGCGAAGGAUGGUCGAUCCCACUCGUUUGGAUGAAUGGCAGCAAACGCUUUUUUUCAGAAUUACGAAAAAAAUCACGACACUGCGUCAACUUGGAUUUUCUGGAACUAUAACGGCCUAAAUGUCGGACAGCUGGUGAUAAAAGCAUGCGUGGAAAUGAGUGCUGAGCUGCAGCAAUUUUGUUGUUGUUGUUGAGAUGGUGACGGAAGCAAAGUGAAGAAAACCCGACCCUCCUUUAAAGCAUUCUUCACGAAAAAGCACGGGACUGAGAAAACGUGCUGGACUCUACUUUUGCUACAUUAGCAUUUAACAUUUUUUUUACUAACAUGCAGCGAAAUCAGCCAUUCGUCAUUCAUUAGAUCAGGAUGGAGACUUUAAACUCAUGGUCUGAGAUUAGUCAUUUAUGACCUUGUUGUAUAGUCGAUUUAAUAUAUAUUCACUAAAGUUUAUCGCAUGAAGCUAGGCAGGAAUAUUUGCCAUUUGACCGGAAAAUGAAACGCCUUCUUGUCAUGAAAAUCGAACAUUAUGCACUUUGAUAGGCAGCAGUUUUAGGAAAGCAAGACCGAUUUUAUUUCCAGGUUGUUUAGUUUAAUUUUGUAUUAAAAUGUUUCCUACAAGUUUACUGACCAUAAUGAAAGUGAUGCAUUUGCUGUAAUUAUCCAUAUCAGUUUGUCUGUUAACAAUGAACUCAACGCUGCAAUAAGUCAAUGGGCAUUUUUAAUUUGUCGCUUAUAUUUACUGUUUUUCUUUCCAAAUAUAUACAAAACUAGGCAUUUGUUGAUCAUAUUUCGCCAAAUGUGUUGAUGAGGAAUAUGCAGUUUAUGGUGAUCUGUGUUGUUUAAUAAGAAAAACAUCUGUUUUCUGUCACUGGGUGAUGGAUCGGUCCUUAUUGAUUUCUUCGGUGUAUGUCCUUUUUAAAAAAAAUCUCUAUGGUUUGUUUUCUCAAAUCUGAAAUUGAAUGUGUUUGAGAAUAUAAUAACUCGAUGAUGAGCAGAAGGCCAGAUUUUCUUAUUUGUAUCAUAUUGAUCGAGGUUGAUAUGAGCUCUUUAAUCCUACCAUGUUAUUUUAAUUUGUACUUUUUUAAGCUGUUUAAAAAUGCAAUCAUGCCUUGAUGCAAUAAAUGGUGUCAAUUAA